AGUAUCCAUAAAGAACGGUCUCAUCUGCUUAAAGAAGCAUGUAGGCAGGACUGUGGUAUCUACAAUAUCUAAAUUCAAAGCGACUUGACAUGCUUUAGCUUCUGCGGAAUACCAUUUAAUGUGAGGAUGAAUAACAACAAUUCCCUUCCCGACCGUAGUACAGCGAUUUUGGGGGAAGUCAGGCCUGCGCAACAUGACAACACGUGCGCUUAUCAAUGCAGGUUGCCUCGCGGCUACAUCUUCUCCAGCCUCGCGCGCAGAUGAUAACGAUUACGCCUGCUCAGGUACCUAUGUGGUUAAAACCACAGGAAACAUCAUCUCUCUUAAGCAGGAACUCACGAACAGUAUGGGCGAUGGAAAUGUUGCCGACCACCAGUUCUUUCUCCGUCCCAGUGACGGCAGAUUGGUGCCUUUGGUGGUACAGAGUUUCGAACAUCCUGCGCAUCAGCCACGGGCCAAAGGCUUGGAAUGGAUCCGUAUAGGAAGGCCUCAGUUCAAGACGUCUUCCCUCGAAGCUUUAUCGUACUGGAUCUUGUCGCCAAUACUGAUUGAGGGGAGCCAAGACCGAAAUUCCAAUGCGCGUUCUAGGUUGCUGGUGCUCUUCAGAUGGACCAUUGCAGCCCCGGUCCUGCUUCUAAUGAUUGUCCUGUUUUGUUACUAUCUUUACCACUACGUCAGGUGCGAACCGUUCUGCUCAAUACGACUCUAUUCCCUAUAAAUACAUGGACAAUAUCUCGGGAGAUGAAAUCAAUUCUUUGCAAGAUGUGGGAGCAUCUGGACAUAUCCAAACACCAACGGAUUUACAACACAUCUCACGCGGUCAUCAGCAGCCAAUCACCCCAUCCCAAACCAGCGAUUCGUCAAGGCUUGUCCGUCCAAAAUAUCUCUGUUUCUCCGAAGAAUACGGAGAUGCCGGAACCGAGUUUUAUUUUUGUGUCUUAUACGAGGAAGCAAUUUUGCAUUG